AUGUGCCGCUCGAAAAACCUCAACACUCAAAUGUCAGAAACACGCGUACACGAAGUUCGAAAAGAAGAAACUACCGAUAAUUCUAGUACAGAGCCAGAGGAAGACGAAUUGUUUAUCGGAGAAAUUACGACAACAACCGCCAAAAAUGUAUUAAUAACUAACCUCAAAGUUAACGGCAAAAAUGUAAAUUUAAAAAUAGACACUGGCGCUCAGUGCAAUGUGCUACCCGAGGAAAUUUUCGACGGAAUUAAGCAGAAACCACAACUCAUCGCUACUGGGACAAAACUAACAGCAUAUGGAGGAGCACAGGUUCCGGUGAAAGGAAAAUGCGUUUUAGAAAUCGAGCAAACUGCAGACCGGAAAACGGAAGUCGAGUUCUUUGUUGUCAAGGCUCCCAAUGCCAAAGCACUGAUUGGGUUACAAACAUGUCAGAAUCUUGAAUUAAUUAGCAUAAAUCAAAUCAGUGAAAUCCAGGAAAAGAAAGCAGACAUCAUCGAGGACUACAAAGAUGUAUUCACUGGUUUGGGUCUCGUCGAAGGAGAAUAUCACAUCGAGUUACAAGAAAAUGCCAAAGCAACGAUUCAACCACCGCGAAAAGUACCAUUAAGUCUGAUACCAAAACUGAAAGAAACUUGA